ACGGAUGUGUCGUUCUCAACUGCGUCUUGUCAAGGGCGCAGCUGAUUUCCGGUCCCUUGAUAUUUCACGAGCCGACCUACAAGUAGUCUCCGUUCAUUUCCCUAGGCACUUUCUCGACUAUAUAAAACGUGUUGGCUAGUCCGCAACACGUUCUACGCUAUCGCCAUCGCUCUUAUCGCAUCAGACCAACGCGUUCCGAGGAGGUGGUCCACAUCAGCCCUGACCUUGCCCUUGUCUUCUUUCCUUCCGGAGUCGUAACUGUCAAUCCAUCACUUUACGACACUUACGACCGCCUGCCACAAUUCCCAUAAUGUCGAGCAAUCUGGUUUCCCGACUUCCGCUCGACCAACUUCUGGCCCGACUACGACCUCUCCUUCUUGUCAUGCCAGGAUUAUUGAAGGUGUUUGCUGCUGGAGUCGUACUGAUUAACAUCAGAGGGUGGCCUUUCGCCUGGCAUUUCCGAAUAUACUUGCUUGCAUGGUCUGUUCGGCUGCGGUUCCUAUUCGUGCGUAUCGGUCUCUUGCUCAAGUCGAAGGAAGCGAGGAGGAAGGCUGAGGAUGAGUGGUUGGAACAUUUGUCACCUGUGGGAUCGAACCCGUUCGAAUGGCGAAGGUCAUUCAAGACUUGGGCAGGCCCUGACGAUUCAGAUUUCAAUCUUCAUCUCAGUAAUUCAUCCUACGCUAAGAAUCUUGACAUGUCUCGUUUCUCCGGCUCUUUGAGUCUUAAUCCCACCUUGUAUCGCGUUGGAGGAUGGGUAGCUUUAGGAGCAACGCACUUCAAGUACUUGAGGGAGAUCCCAAUGCUCUCAGUGUAUGAAAUGAGGUCCAGUAUCGCAACCUGGGAUAGCAAAUGGUUGUACGUUAUUACUCGCUAUGUCACAAAGCCCAAGGAAAAGGACUUGAAGAAACAACGAACUGUCAGCCCUGAGCAAGCACCCACACCACUAACCACAGACGCACCCAUCCCUAACCUCCACACACCCGCCACCCCAGGCCUCGUUCGGGAUCCUGCUGACACCCCUCUCAAGCGUCUCCUGGCCGCAGCCGAACUUCUCGAAGAGCCGGAUGACGCUACCCUGCACUGUAUCGCCAUCUCAGAAUGCUGUUUCAAAAUCGGUCGAAUCACUAUUCCUCCAUCACUAGUCUUGGCUGUAGAAGGUUUCACUGCCCCACCCGCUAUCACUGAGCUUGGGAAAGGUGUAAAGUUCGAACCGUACUCCCAUGCGAACCCUCCACCACACUGGGAAAAAGUCCGAGCAUUACGCACUGCUCAUGAUUUGAGGCCGUUGCAGACGUUCAUGAAGGGUGGAUGGAAAAAAGUUCCGGAGGACCAGAGGUGGUGGGACUUGGCGUUGAAGGGUGUUGAGGGGAAACGAAGGGCAAAUCUGGAGUUGAUUGAUGGUAUACACCAGGGUAUGGAAGGUGCCAAAUAUGUUCGACCUAUCCUUGUCGAUGGGGUCAGACGUCGAGGCUCUUGGCAAUAGAUUCUGCUUGUUUCCCUUACUUCCCUGUAUUCCACUGGAGAUCUCUUGCCCCUCCGGCCCCUUUCCUGCUGUACAGUUCCCCAGCCGGCACGUCGGCAUCCUCCCCUUGCGCCACGCGAUCCCCCCAUGGGCCAGCCCUUCCUUCCGGCUCUCCCGCCUCAACUCCGAAACCACCCGAGGUCUUUCCAUUCUGG